CAGGAUAAAAAGGCGUCUGAAAUGAACUAUACUUGUGUUCAUGAAUCAAGGAAGGCGCUCGAAAGAAUCUUCGUACGGGUAUUUCCAUCGCGGCAAGGCAAUGAAUGAACAACGAGUCAGACGUUGACGGCCCCUACUUUUUUGGCGGGAACGCCGCCUCCACCUCGCGGAUGCCAAGUCAACCGCGAUAGAUGGUCACCUACCAACGCACCCACCGCACGCUAGACGCUAUUUACCGCCAAAAAUCAUCCGUGACGCCGACCCUCCUCCUCCUCCUGUUGCUGUUGUCGUCCCAUCCCAAAUAGAUAGUCGAUAGAUACCCAAAGGUCUUCUUCUUCUUCUUCUUCUUCUUCUUCUUCCCCCGUGCAGCUAGCCGCAGCCGUGCUGUCGUCCACACGACGCCACAGAGCCCGCUUUUGGCCAUCUUCCCCACCUGCCCAGCGCAUCCACACCCAACCAACCAACCACACCAGCAGCUAGCAGUCCCUUCACACUCGUAACCCACUUCUUCCCAAUUCAUUCCAGCAGCUGCCCGCGCUUUAAUUCCUCCCUCCCCACAACGCCACGCGCACUAAGCCACCCGCGCACCACCGCUCGCCGCUUAGCAUGAGUGGGCGUUGCACUCGCUAAUCGCUAAUCACUUCCCAGUUACCACUGCCUGCCCGGCCGGCCAUGUCGUCGUCGUCGUUGCGCCGUCUCUGCUUCGUGCUGCCGAUGGACGUCGACGAGGCCAUACCACCGGCGUCGUCGGACUCGGAGGCAACGUCGCGGCGCAGCCGUGUGACGUCGACCCUCGAGGGGUACGCCCGCGCCACGGCGGGACACCUGCUGUCGUGUUUCCGCCGCUACCGGCCCUGCUGCCGCGGCGGCGCGGACCGGUGCCACGACUCGUCGGGGAUGGCGUUCGAGGACAUCGCCGGCGUGGUCGACGAGGGCGUCGCCGGGAGGAAGCUAGCCGGAGCCGCCGGUGGCGGGCCCAGGAUAUUCAGCUACUCGGAGCUCUACAUCGGGACGCGCGGGUUCAGCCACGGCGAGGUGCUCGGCAGCGGCGGGUUCGGCCGGGUGUACCGCGCCGUGCUGCCCAGCGACGGCACCACGGUGGCCGUCAAGUGCGUCGCCGACAGCACCGGCCGCUUCGACAAGUCGUUCCUCGCCGAGCUCGCGGCCGUGGCCAGGCUAAGGCACCGUAACCUUGUGCGGCUCCGUGGAUGGUGCGUGCGCGCCGGGGAGGAGCUCAUGCUCGUCUACGACUACAUGCCCAACCGCAGCCUCGACCGCCUGCUCUUCGCGCCGCCGGCCAAGGCUAAGGCGCCGGUCCCGGCGCUUAGCUGGGACCGCCGCCGUCGCAUCGUUGCGGGACUUGCCGCCGCGCUCUUCUACCUGCACGAGCAGCUGGACACGCAGAUCAUCCACCGGGAUGUCAAGACCAGCAACGUCAUGCUCGACUCCGAGUACAACGCCCGCCUCGGCGACUUCGGCCUUGCUCGGUGGCUCGAGCACGCCGUGUCCGCCGACGACGCACACGUAGAGGUGUCGCCGUCGCCGACGUCCCUGCGUCUGUCGUCGUCUUCUCCUGCGGCCUCGGCCAACUACCAGUUCCGGCUCAUGGACACCAGCCGCAUCGGCGGGACCAUCGGGUACCUGCCGCCCGAGAGCUUCCAGCGCCGGGCCACCGGCGGCACCGCCAAGUCCGACGUCUUCAGCUUCGGCAUCGUGCUCCUCGAGGUGGCCACGGGGCGGCGCGCCGUCGACCUGGCGUACCCCGACGACCAGAUCUUCAUGCUCGACUGGGUGCGCCGACUGUCCGACGAGGGGAAGCUGCUCGACGCCGCGGACGCUAAGCUGCCCGACAGCGGCGCCGGCGCGCUGUUCGACGACGUCGGAAGGGUCAUGCACCUCGGCCUCCUCUGCUCGCUCCACGACCCCAGGGCGCGUCCGACCAUGAGGUGGGUGGUGGAGAACCUCUCCGACGGCUGCUCCGGCGGCGAACUCCCGCGUCUGCCGUCGUUCGUGGCGCUUCCGAAGUACAUCUCCCUCACCACUUCGUCGGCCUCCGACUCCGGCGCCACGACCGUCACCACCGACAGGAGCACGGCGACGACGUCUCUGUCCAAUCCCGUCUACGCCACCGCGGCUGCGGACACCAUCUACCACACCGCGGAAGACGGGAGUAGGGCCGGCUCCAGGUCCGCUGGCUCCGGCCGGCGGUCGUCGUCGCGGCUAUCUCCCGUGGCGGCGAUCCCGCACGUGGACAUGCCGCGUGAGAUACCCUACAAGGAGAUCGUCGCCAUCACCAACGACUUCUCCGAGUCGCAGGUGGUCGCGGAGCUGGACUUUGGGACAGGGUACGAGGGCUUCCUGGACACCGGCCACGGCCGCGUCCACGUCCUCGUGAAGCGGCUGGGCAUGAAGACGUGUCCGGCGCUGCGCGUCCGCUUCGCCAGGGAGCUCUGCAACCUGGCCAAGCUCCGGCACAGGAACCUCGUGCAGCUGCGCGGGUGGUGCACGGACCACGGCGAGAUGCUCGUCGUCUACGACUACGCCCCGGGGAGCCUGCUGAGCCACUACCUGCUCCAGCGGCGCCACGGCGGCGCGGCGGUGCUCCCGUGGCGGCAGCGGUACAGCAUCGUCAGGGCGCUCGCGUCGGCCAUCCUGUACCUCCACGAGGAGUGGGACGAGCAGGUCAUCCACCGGAACAUCACCUCGUCGGCGGUGUUCCUCGACCCCGACAUGAACCCGCGCCUCGGGAGCUUCGCGCUCGCCGAGUUCCUGUCGAGGAACGAGCACGGCGGGCACCACGUCGUGGUCACCGCCAGCUCGGCAAAGGGCAUCUUCGGCUACAUGUCGCCCGAGUACAUGGACACCGGCGAGGCCACCACCAUGGCCGACGUCUACAGCUUCGGCGUGGUGGUGCUGGAGGUGGUGACCGGCACGAUGGCCGUGGACGGGAGGUUGCCGGAGGUUCUUCUCGUCCGGAAAGUCCAGCUCUUUGAGCAGCUGAACCGGCCGGUGGAGGCGAUGGCGGACCAGCGGCUGGACGGCAGGUUUGACCGUCGGGAGCUCGUGCGGAUGGCUCGGCUUGGCAUGGCGUGCACCCGGUCAGACCCCGCGGCGCGGCCGAGCAUGAGGAAGAUAGUGAGCAUUCUGGAUGGCAACGACGAAGUGCUGGACAAGUUCGAGCAGAGGAAGGAGAGCACGGAGGACUGGCAGAGGAGGAACGCGACUAAUCUUGCACUAGUCAGGAGAUUCCAGGCUCUUGGAAUACACUGAUGAAAAAGUUUGAAACAGGGGAAAUUAUUAGCGAUUCAGCUUUUGUUGUUGUUCUGUGUAUAAUCUAUAGAGAAUUUUAAUUUCUUCUAUCUGUGAGUUUUUGUGCGGA